ACAUGCAGCCUAAAGAAUUUGAACUGCACACGAUUUCAAUUUUUGAUGGAAAGUUGUUUUAUGAAGAAAUCAUAAAAGCAACUGAGGAUUUUGAUGAUGCAUAUUGCAUUGGAAGAGGGGGGUUUGGCAAUGUUUACAAAGCAAAGCUGCCCUCAGAUGACUUGGUAGCUGUAAAGAAGCUCCACACUCCAGCUGAUGGUGAAUGGAGCACUCGGAAAGAGCUUCUAAACGAGGUAAAGAUAUUAACUGAGAUACGCCAUCGGAACAUUGUCAAGCUUUAUGGUUUUUGCUCACAUUCACAACACUCGUUUUUGGUUUACGAGUACCUUGAAAGGGGUAGCUUGUAUUCAAUCUUGGACAAUGAUGAGGAGGCUAAGAAAUUGGAUUGGAGUAAAAGGCUGAAUAUCAUUAAAGGCGUGGCGCAUGGCCUAUCCUACAUGCACUGUGAUGUGUCCCCGCCAAUUGUUCACAGAGACAUAUCCAGCAAGAACAUUUUGCUAGACGAUGAAUAUGAGGCUUGCAUUUCUGACUUUGGCACUGCUAAAGUACUUGAGAUUAACUCUUCUAACUGGACAGCCGUUGCAGGCACAUUUGGAUACGUAGCACCAGGUAAUUUCUUGUUGGCCUUCCAUUACAUUACAUAUGUUGUUAAGCUGUCUAUCUGAACU